CUUUUCGCCUUCUUCUCCCCAGUGUUUUAUCUGGUAGAUUAGAAUACUCCAGUGUACUUACUGCACUAUCUUCCUAUUCUGUUUUAUUUUUUUACUUUCAACCAUUGGCGCAAACGCUCUAUCUUUUGAGAACGCGUUUCACGACGCACCACUGCAGUCCGCAUCAGUUAUAGUAAGAUAAAAGCCACAUUAGCAUAUGUAUAUUACAUACGAGGUUAAACAAAGCUGUCAUGAAUCCCCGUUUUUCGGAUCGUUUCAAUAUUGCGGGAGGCCACAGACCCAAAAAUCUCAAAGGCUUUCCGCGCCCCCAAAAUCCGAUUUCAUGCCCACCUGGCUUAUUCGUGUGUCUGACAUGACUGUAGUAAAAGGCGACACAGUAGCGAACGAAGGAUAUUGCGCAAUUUCGUACUCCUGGAACUGGUCUGGCGACAUGGUUAUAAGCAAGGAUCGUAGUGGUAGCAAGAUGGUACGACAUGACCAAGAGAAGCACAAGAUUAUUUAUCCGGCCAGGACUAUACGACGAAAUCCAAGAGGCAGGAAACAUAUCCCUCGUCAGACCAAGUUUGUAAAGUUCGAAGCGAUCGUCCAACAGAUAUGCAAAGAUUUUGGAAUCAAGCACAUCUGGUUCGACCAAAUGUGCAUAAACCAAAACGACAAAGAAGAGAAGCAACGCGAAAUACGACAGAUGCAUCGAAUUUACAAGCAUGCCUACUGCACCGUCGUCCUGGUUCCGGAACUUCACGCCGGGUCCGCAAGGACAAAGCACAACAUGAAUCUGAAUGAUUGGCGAUAUAUCACUGAUUUGGAGGACUUAUAUACAUCUGAAUGGGUCAAGCGGCUAUGGACUUUUGAGGAAGCAUUAUUGUCGCCCAGGAUUCUUUUUGUUGGACGAAACGUGCACAUGUGGUGGUUCACAGUUCCAAAGAACGAUGUAUACUUGAAGCUAUUUUGUCAAGAAACGAAGCGAUUACGGGAUAACCGACAACAGCACCAUCUAGAACGACGAGUGUACGAUGUCAGCACAGUUUUGUACCAUGCACAUUUGCGCAUUAGUACCAAGGAACACGACCGAGCUUUUGCGCUUGCCAAUCUAUUUCCUCACAUUUUAGACCGUAUCAAUAUCAACUACGACCAACCUGUACUCGAUCUGUUGAUAGACUUUUACGGCCAUUUGGCGGACAUAGAUAUUUCUAUUCUCUGUUUCGGCGCACGUGGCGCCAAUUACAAAAUGCCUACAGUUGCAGACAACAAUGAAUACCGCGACAAGAAACAACAUUACAAUCUUCCUAUACAAAAGCAUAACCUCCCUUCAUGGACCGGGGCAGCCGGGCAGCAUAUAUUACGCGAAGAAGGAUACGACGAGGAAGCCCCUGUUGGUCAUUUGGAGACCGCGUUCAAGAACUACACAAUUGAUGGGAGAUACAUGCAUGUACACUGUCUAUGGCUUACUGCUGCAACGAAUGGUUAUGAAUGUGUUAACAAAGACAACGAUGACGGCGCAUUCACACUUGUUGAAGACGACCUGCCGCCUAUACCCGUUAUUGAGGAUAAUAAUGGUGGCAAUGAUGCGUUCGCUCCAACAUUUCUGCUUGCGAUUCUUGUCCAACUGCCAGGCCACAGCAAUAAGAGAAUAGUGGGGCUUGAGGUGACAAGUGAACCGAUCAGCAGAGAUUACACGCUACGUCGUGCCUCUGAACAGCUACGAAUGCUAUCUCACUUUAUGCCGGUGAGCAAGAAUGCCUUACUCUGGCAUCAAGUUGGUCCAGCCCCACCCAAACCAUACACUUGGUUUGCUUUCAACCUUACGGAAACGGUAUCUGCCAACGAAGAGUACGUUAUACUCUCAGAAAUCGAAUUUGGUACGGAUCUUCCCCAGACCAAGUUUUGCCCAGUCAUAAAAAAGAAUGCAAGUUGUUACAAGGCUAUCGGUGUUUGUACCAUAGGAAAUUACGAUCAUCUUUUUUCUGGUUACACUGUACCUAGACAGACUUACAUAAUUGAAUAAACCACCAUAAC